AUGGAGUCAGCCAACAACAGACUAUUAGAAGAUCAAUAUUCAAGACGAAAAAGGAAGAUAACCAUCAUCAUUUCUUUGAUCAUCUCAUUCACAAUCAUUAUCAGUUCAAUCAUCUCAGUCUUAACCAUCCUCAAGCACAAAGUAGAGUCUCAAUCACUCUCUAAUGCGCCUCCAAGCAAAGCAAUCAGAGCCAUCUGUUCUCUAACUCCAUCCCGCCGCUUAUGUUUCAAGCAGAUAUGGAAACUCCAGCAAAGCCAGGCUUCAUCGAAGAUUAAUCCUUCACAGAUAUUUGCUCUUUCACUCAGUGCUUCUUUUGAUGAGCUCACCAUCCUUAAUUCCCAAAGGCAGAGGGUAAUCUCAAAAGUCAAUGCUUCUUCUGCAAGUGUCUUUCCAUCUCUACAAGAAUGUGAAAGUUUGAUCAGUGAUUCCCUAAGACUUGUUAACAUGUCUGUGACAAAAAUUGGGAUUGUCCCCGAUGGCAACAUCUUUAAGGAAACAAAAACCGUUGUGGAUUUGAUGGAAUGGACCUCUGCUGCUAAGGAGAGUCUGGAGAGGUGCAGGGAUGAAUUGGAGAAUGAUAAUGAAGGAUUGGUAUCUGGAAAAUUUUAUUUGGUGAGAAUGAAGAUGCGGAUGCUUGUGACAAGGAAAUAUCUGGAGAAUAGCUCAGUGAUUUUGGCCAAGAUGGAUACUAUUCUGGACAUGUUUUAUCAUCCUCUCCAGAGUAUUCUGUCAAAUUUUAUGCUCAGUGCAAGUGGAUUUGAUUUUGGUGCAAUGGUCAUAAAUCUCAUCCAUAGGCACAACAAAUCCCAAGAAAAGCUCAAACUCGACCAACAGACCGAGUCACUCCGAGGUUUCUGCUCCGUGACUCGGUUCCCGGAUCACUGCCUCAACUCAGUCAUUCUCCUACCUGACAACAGCCCAGAUGAUAUUUUCAUCGCAUCUCUCGAUUUAGCUAUAGAACGAGUCGUCAACCUCACUGUUCUCGCGAGGGCUCUGAUCUUGCAGUCAAGUUCUGAUGCUGCUACUGAAUCAAGAAACGAGUCAGCCCUGUUCAGGUGCUCGAGUUUGAUCGAUGACUCUUUGAACCGGCUCAACAGAUCUUUGACUGCCUCCGGUGAGUCGUCGUUGUUCGGUCUCCGAGUUGACUCGGGGGAGAUGGAAGAACUGGUCAGGGAGAAGAGUAAGGAGGUGAGUUCGUGGGUGAAUAAGGCGGCGAAUGAUCUUUGGAGAUGUUUCGGGACUCUUGGGGAAGACAAUUCGACGGCUGUGAUUGAAUUGAGAAGUGGGGUGUAUGAUGGCACCAUAAUCUUAUCCCACCUGAAAAAUGGUAAAAACAACCACACCACCGAGUCACUCAGGCCAAACUCAGCAAACUUGAAGACCUUAUGUUCCGUGACUCACGACCCUGAGUUAUGCUUCACCUCUAUAUCCCCCGCCAUCGAGGAAACUGAAACCGACCCGGAUGAUAUUUUCGCCGCCUCUAUCAAGGUAGCCAUUGCUAAUAUCACCGGCCUGGCUCCGUUGAUGAAAGAAGUUUUACUGAGUUCGAACAUGAUUGGAGCUGAGUCAGCUCUGGAAUUCUGCACGUGGGCAUUCUCCGACUCACUGAGUCACCUCGAUAGGACUUUAAAGGCAGUACUACUGGAGAAAGAAGGAAACUACCGGGUCUUUUCUUCCGUUGACUUUGUGACGGUGGCGUGGACUUCUGAUCGGGGGGAAGACAUGAUAACGUGGCUGAUCAGCGCGUUGAGUGCUUUAGACAACUGUGGUGAUAUUUUGGAUGAGGUUGGGUCAAUGGCUGUAAAUGACUUGAGCUUGAAGGUGUACAGAGCUAGGGUGCAGGUCAACUACUGCAGCAGCUUUCUCUCGUUUAAAGAUCAGAUAUUGCCAUUUUUACUCUUUCAUCAGCUGAAAAAACUGACAAAAUGGUGA